AAGUACAAACACAUACAGAGCUCCUAUUGUUCGCAGCCCUUCACGAGCCCCACUCAUCCUAAUAUGGAAUUCGGCAGGAAACCCAUGAUUUCCUGACAUAUAGCAAGCUGGGGAAAUAAAGGGGUUGCGUGGAAAUGAAAACCGUCCAUUAAACCCCUCCAGCUUCCCUUCUCCGCUUGGGAAUGCGAUGGCCGGUGGGGUGGGCUUAGCACAAAUCCCAGAUUUUUCAGGCCGGAGCAAGGAAGAGAAGGAGGCACUCUGUUCCUCAGACGGCGUCUAUUUUUAACCAAAGUCUUUCUGCAUCCAAGAUGAAGGUUUCCUGACUCGGGCUCACAACACGCUCGUGCCCCUAUUAUUGUCUUAUUUAUUCUUCCCCCGCGUGGCUUUCUUCUCGGCUUGAGAAAGUUCGGGCUGGGACAAGCGUGGGGAUUCGGCGUGAUGAUUUCACUACUUUGAAAAGAAAAGAAAAGGGGGAGGGAAACGACUACAGAAACUAACUCAGGAAAGAAAGCUUUUUGGGAGCAGGGACCUCGCUGCUUCCAUGUAUGCCUGAGAUUCUGGGGGAAGCGGGCAGGUAGAUAAAAACAAAGAGUCAGGAUGGGCAGCAAAGAGGGAGAACACCUUGACGGCAGCGUGAAGAAGAUGCUUAAAUGUGUGGUCGUCGGGGAUGGAGCCGUGGGCAAGACCUGCCUGCUGAUGAGCUACGCCAACGAUGCUUUUCCGGAAGAGUACGUUCCUACGGUGUUUGACCACUACGCAGUGACUGUGACAGUCGGAGGCAGACAGCAUCUGCUUGGACUUUAUGACACUGCAGGACAGGAGGACUACAACCAGCUCAGGCCUCUCUCUUACCCAAACACGGACGUGUUUUUGAUCUGUUUCUCCGUGGUGAACCCUGCCUCGUACCACAAUGUCCAGGAGGAAUGGGUGCCGGAACUGAAAGUCUGCAUGCCCCAUGUGCCUUAUGUUCUGAUAGGAACACAGAUUGACCUACGAGAUGAUCCAAAAACUUUGACUCGGUUGCUCUACAUGAAGGAGAAGCCCCUGUCUUACGAACACGGCAUCAAACUGGCUAAAGAGAUCGGCGCCCAGUGCUACCUGGAGUGCUCAGCCUUGACUCAGAAAGGCCUGAAGGCCGUCUUUGACGAAGCAAUACUCACCAUAUUCAAUCCCAAGAAGAAGAAGAAACCAUGCUCUGAGUGCAGCAGCUGCUGUCGAGUUGUAUGACGACGACCGGAAUAUUGGAAUGGGGAUGGGCUGGUGUUUGGCCAGAGUCUUCCCAUCCCAUAAUUCCACACCUGCACAAAAGAUCGAAGGACAUGAACCGGGAAGGAGGCAUCUUCAAUGGGAGAUCUUCCCCGUCUGUGAUUCCUCCGAAGUUUGCGCCUUCUCAUAUCUUACCUGCUUUUUUCUAACCGCUACAGAGCUGUAGAUACAAGCAGCUGGUCCAUAUCAUAGUCACUUUUCCUCAGGCAAAGCUAGCUGAUAAAGUAAAGCAGCUGCGGUGUCAGGAUCCGGGGAAAACCGUGAAAAGAUCUCCAAGGAUCCUGCAGCAGAACUGAGAGAAUCUCUAGAUUCAGUAAUUUGUAGCCUUCAGCAACAACGAAUGAAUUGAUUUGAAUAUUCAAUCACGACCGAGCCUCAAAAGCUAAAUCAGGCAGGCAAAUAACUCUUUCAGAGUUGACUGUGGUUAAGAUAUUGAUGCAACAUUAGAGAUCCUGUUUUAAUCUACUUUUUUAUGAAUAUUCCCCGUUUAGAAAAGAGCCUCAUUUCUUUAGGAGGAGGGAAAUGAUGUGGUAUCAAACUGACAUUUACUGUAUUUUGUCUUAUAUAUUGAGCAUUAUCCAACUAGAGAGCCAUCAAAAUGUAUUGUCAUUUUACCCUUGGGCAUCUGGGAUUUUAUUUUAUUUUUUCUAAAUUGAGUACCACACAACCGAAUUUUCUUGCUUGUAAAUGGCUAUAGCCAGAGUCUGGAAAGAGCUGCGUGUAUAUCCUGAAUGCAGAUCUAGUUCCCUCUUCA